UUACAUGGCAAGAAAUCCCAAAGAUUGCCUGGUGUCCUGUUUCCAUUUCCAGAGAAUGAACAAAAUGUUACCCUAUCCUGGAACAUGGGAGGAAUAUUUGAAGAUUUUCAUGGCAGGCAAGGUGGCUUGGGGCUCUUGGUGCAAUCACGUAAAGGAUUGGUGGAAAGCAAAAGAUACUUACCAUGUCCUGUAUCUCUUUUAUGAAGACAUUAAAAAAGACCCAAAGCGUGAAAUCCAGAAGGUAGCACAAUUUAUAGGGAAGCAAUUAGACGUGGCAACCCUAGACAAGAUUGUGCGUCAUACCUCCUUCGAAGUCAUGAAGCACAACCCCAUGAUCAACCGAGCGAAUGUACCCCUGUCCGUCAUGGACCAAUCCAUUUUUCCAUUUAUGCGAAAAGGGACUGUCGGUGACUGGAAAAAACACUUCACAGUGGCUCAAAAUGAGUGGUUUGAUGAAGACUACCUGAAAAAAAUGUCAACUUUCACUAUGGAACUCCAAGGACUCUUCUGAUUUUCAUUUCACUUGUUUUCCUGCUAUCAGAGUCUCACAUGGUUCUCCUCUUUCCAGUCCCCACAGUGCUAGAAGUCUGGCUGAUUAAUCUUAACUUAAGCCAUGCUUUCAGGAGCCUCGCUUGUUCUAGUUCUGUAGAUCCUAUAUUUUGUUAAACCAUUUAAAAAACAAUGACCUUAAGUUGGAAUUUCUGAUCAUUUUGGGACUUAAAAAAAUACACCGACUGCUUCAACCAAUUUUGAUUAGUUUCAUUCUAAAUAAGGGCAAAUAUAUUAUGGACUAUAUGUAGACCCCAGUGCCAUUGUGGCAUGUUUCUGAACUACCUCAGAUCUUGCUAGUGAAAUCCGUCUGCAGUGAUGUAAAGUUUCAUGUUGUAUUUUAAUGAAGCUGGAAAUUUCAGGAUCACUCUUUCUGGUGAUUGCACAGCGUAAUUAUCAUGCUUCCUAGCACUCUUCAUAGUUGAAAAAUCUACAGAGUAGCGUUUAGGAUUUCCCAUUCCUUUUCUAGAUUAUGAGCUAUCACCAGGACUGUUUUUAUGUUUAUUACAAAAACAUAGAAAUGCAUUUCCAACCAAAGCAUUCCUGCUGCCCCACAAAAAGCUUUCAAGGGGAAUCAACUUUUAUUAAAGGUGAACACAACCUGCAAAUAGGAUCUGAAAUGAAAUGAACCAAUUCUGUAACAUCAGGAGUAUAUUCUUAUAACAAGAGCCAAUAUAAUUCCGUUAUUUAAACCUCUGAGCAUUGAGGUGGUCAUUCCAUUUCAGUGCUCUCCUGGUGGUCUCCUUUCUUAGCUUCUGGUUCUCUAUUCCUAAAGGUUUGUUCUUGGUUGAAGACUAGGUUAAGAUUCUUCUCCCGGUUAGCCUUCUCGGUGGCCCAUCUUUGCAGCACCGCUGGUGGCCAGUUGAUUUGAAAAUAGCACUGUUCAAAUUUGGAAGCAUUUGGAGGCUCAUUCUCCCGAGGAACCUUGGUCAUUAUCUGAGGUUGAAGUACCAGAAGACUCUGGUGACCCUUCACAGGCGGUACUUCUUGGUCAUGUUUCUCUGGUUCUUUGUCAAGAACCUCACCUGCAUCUUUUGCAGGAAUUAAAGGCAGCUUUUGAGCAUCUAGA